UUGACUUAAAAAGCGUAUCCAGCAAGGCAGCAACUCCUUUUCUCCGCUCAGUUGACGACGAACGCAGAACCCAACACUAUAAAUGGUUAAAUACACCAACACGGUCAACCGGCCGAAACCCCAACUUAACUAAAACCCACACUGAACCUUCCCAACACAAAACAAAGAAAGAAAAUGGCGACGGAGCAAACCAAGUUCAGCGUUAUGUGCAGCCUCUUCAACUGGACGCAGCGUGCCAAGUCGCCGGCCAAGAAGCGCGCAAAGUUCCGCAAGUUCCUCGACUCAUUCUGCGCCGACCGCAACUUCUUCCCUGCCAUUCGCCUCGUCCUCCCCAACCUCGACCGCGAGCGCGGCUCCUACGGCCUCAAGGAGUCAGUCCUCGCCAUUUCCCUCAUCGACGCCCUCGGCAUGUCUCGCGACUCCGAAGACGCCCUUCGCCUCAUUAAUUGGCGCAAGGGCGGCGCCAAGACCGGCGCCAAUGCCGGCAAUUUCGCCCUCGUCGCCACCGAGGUACUGCAGCGCAGGCAAGGUACUGCUUCGGGUGGAUUGACGAUAAAGGAGGUAAAUGACUAAAUGACUCAGUUGGCUGCUAGUGAAAACACUCUCUCUCUCUCUCUCUCAUAUAUAUAUAUAUAUCAUUGCAAAAGCCUUGGCCUUGGGUAAUCAUGCAGGAUUAUAUUCCAUUCAUAUAUGGUUUGUAUGAACAAUCUUGUAUCUUCUUUUCUUAAAUUGCAGGAUAUUGAAGUUGGAAAAGCUGUGCGUCCUCAGCUAGCUAAGAGAGUUGCUAAUGCAGCUGAAGCAUGGAAGAAGCUUCAUGGGAAGGAAGUGGUUGUCGAGUGCAAAUUUGAUGGUGACCGCAUUCAAAUUCACAAAAAUGGAACAGAGAUACAUUUCUUCUCGAGGAACUUCCUUGAUCAUUCAGAAUAUGCACAUGCAAUGUCAGAAAUCAUACAGCAAAACAUCUUGGUAGAUAGGUGCAUACUUGAUGGUGAAAUGUUGGUUUGGGACAGUUCCUUGAAUCGUUUUGCUGAGUUUGGCUCAAAUCAGGAAAUAGCCAAGGCAGCAAGGGAUGGACUUGACAGUGACAGACAGUUAUGCUAUUGGCUAGAUGUUGCAUUUGAUAUCCUUUAUUUUGGAGAUACUAGUGUAAUUCACCAAACUUUGAAGGAACGACAUGAGAUUCUCCGUAAAGUUGUGAGGCCAUUGAAGGGGCGCCUUGAAAUUUUAGUACCUAAUGGUGGUCUUAAUAGUCAUUGCUCUUCAGGUGAACCAUGUUGGUCAUUCAUUGCUCAUAAUGUGGAUGAAGUUGAGAAAUUUUUCAAAGAAACUAUAGAGAACAGAGAUGAGGGAAUAGUUGUUAAAGACCUCGGUUCUAAAUGGGAGCCUAGUGAUCGAAGUGGAAAGUGGCUAAAAUUGAAGCCUGAGUACAUUCAAGCUGGCGCUGAUCUGGAUGUGCUUAUCAUAGGAGGUUAUUAUGGCUCUGGACGACGUGGAGGGGAGGUUGCUCAGUUCUUGGUGGGCCUUGCUGAGCGUCCAUCCCCAAAUACACAUCCCAAGCGGUUUAUCUCCUUCUGUAGAGUUGGUACUGGGCUUUCUGAUGAUGAGCUUGAUGCGUUAGUAACAAAACUAAAACCUUACUUCCGAAAGUAUGAAUAUCCGAAGAAGAGGCCGCCAAGUUUCUAUCAAGUAACUAAUCAUUCAAAAGAAAGGCCUGAUGUGUGGGUUGAUAGCCCUGAGAAAUCGAUUAUUCUGUCCAUAACCAGUGAUAUCCGAACUAUAGAAUCUGAGGUAUUUGCUGCACCGUACAGCCUGAGGUUUCCUCGGAUUGACAGGGUGAGAUAUGACAAAGCUUGGUACGAAUGCCUUGAUGUGCAAUGGAGUGAAUUGAAACUUGUUUAUAAUUCCAUAAGGGGAGAAAAGAAAAUCAUGUCCAUUGUUCCUUCUCAUUUAACUCAGACUGAUGUUUCCAGUAUCAAGGGAGACUCUCAUAUAUUUUCAAAUAUGAUGUUUUGUAUCCUACAGUCUUGCUAGCCAGCUGUCGUUUACUUCGUUAAUGUGCCUCCAUCUCAUUCUCUUGAGAGCUUGCACAAAAUGAUUGCUGAGAAUGGGGGAGUUUUCUCGAUGAACUUAAAUAACUCUGUCACUCAUCGUGUGGCGGCAGAGAGCAAGGGGUUUAAAUUUGAAGCUGCAAAACGUCAUGGUGAUAUCAUUCACUACAGUUGGAUAUUAGAUUGCUGCUCACAAAAGAAGCUUAUCCCCUUACAGCCAAAGUACUUCCUCUUCCUAUCUGAAGUAACAAGGAAGAAGUUACAAGAAGAAAUUGACGAGUUCUCUGACUCUUACUACAUGUAUAUUGAUCUUGGAGAGUUCAAACAGCUCUUAAACACUAUUAAUAGGUCAGAAGAUAUCAGUACUAUUGAUCAUUACAGCAAAAAAUACUGCCCAAAGGAUGAGUGGUCUGUCUUUAUUGGAUGCUCCAUAUAUUUCCACACUGCAAUACCAUCAGUGAAAGGGGAAUGGGAAGUUCUAUUGCAACUUGCUUUGAGAAGAUUCAAGGUUGAAGUUCUCAUGGGCGGUGGUAGAGUUACUGAUAAACUUACUUGUGCAACCCAUUUAGUUGUCUUGUCAGUUCCAGGAUAUGAUGCCGAAUUUGAUGAGCUACAGAGAUGUUUUACUUCAGUGGAUAGGAGGUUUCUCCAGAGCAAGAGGUUGCAUAUAAUAAAAUCCCAUUGGUUUGAAGAUUGUCUGGACAAUAACAAAAGAUUACCAGAAGAAAGUUACAGCUUGAGGCCCUCUGUAAUAGCAGAGUCAACAUCUGAAAAUGGUGAAAAUGACACCUUAGAGUCUCACUUUGGUGGAGACAAUGUACAAGACCAGAAUGUACCCUCUGAAAAGGAAAAUAGACAGAGAAGUGCAAAAGCUGCUCAUGAACACAGUUUGGCCACGGUGUCCCAUGAGAAUGUUGGCCCAAGGAAGAGAGGAAGACCUGCAGGGAGAGGUGUUAAAAAUGUUAAGAUGGCUGGCAACAAAGCCCAAAGAGCACGGCCACGCACUGUGAGAAAGCGUGCGAAAAUAAGCGAAUAUGAAUCAGACAAAAGUGAUUCUCAUGACAAUGAACCAGAAGAGCAGGAGAAUGACACCGGAGAAGCAAGUUUUGAUAUUUACAAUAGACAUUUGGAACCUCAGGAGGUCGAGCAACAGGCCAAUGUCCAAGUUGCCGAAACAGAAGAAAGUUCUGAACCAAACAGGGCAGUGCAUGAUUUGAGGAAUAGUAGUGAGAGUGAAAGAAUGUAUGUUCCAGAAAUAAAAAUGGCAGAUAGGACCAAUGACCAAAACAGUGAAUUGGCUAAUGAGAUUGAAAAUCGGGCUGAUCCCAUGUUAUUUGACAAGAUUCCCGGCCUUGCUACCGCCAAGAAAGUUGAGGACACUAAGCAUUGUGAUCUAAAAGAAGAGAGGCCAGCUGCAGCAGCAGAAAGCAG